UACGGAAAAGUUACCCUUGUACGCAUUGCGAAAUUCAGUUUCCUAGUCCCUCAGAAUUGGAUGUCCAUGUCGAGACGAGUCAUCCUGAAAAGGUUUUGAAGUGUAAACUAUGUGAACGGACGUUUACGAGAAAUUAUAAUCUUACCCGGCACGAGAAAAUACAUAGAGAAGAAAAAUUGGAUUGUGUCGUGUGUAAUAGAAAAAUUGCGUCGAAAGAUUAUCUCAAGCUCCAUUUGCAGGAGCACGAGCUGAAAAUGAAAGACAAAUCUUUAUCCUGCCCAUUUUGUGAGAAAGGAUUUGCUAUUGCGGAGAACUUGGAGGCCCACAUUGAGUUUCAUGAGCAAUUAGAUGAAAGACCGUUUGCCUGUGACCUGUGCGAAGUCAGGUUUAGAUAUCAGGAACGACUUGAUAAGCACAAUGACAGUCAUGGAAGUGCCGAGGGAAAGAUUUACCCAUGUUCAUACUGUGAGAAAAAAUUUCACAGAAAAUUUAAUUUCAUUCGACACGAGAGGUCGCACACGCAUGGGCGAAGGAAACCAAAAGACCAUCCUAAAAAGAAAACUUCCUCCUGAAAAGCACAAUGAAGGCACAUGGAGCAGUAUUGUACAUAUAAGUAAAUAUAUACACGCACGCAACCUCUCACCGGCCCCAAGACAAAUUUACGGUGGGUUUAUUUACUUCCUGUGAAACGAAAGAUGAGACAUGGGUGUAAAUGCCAUGGCCAUUCGCCUUCGCCUCACUUCACAAUGUUUCAUCUUACAGGAAAUAAAGAAACCCACCGUAAAUUUUCCUUGAGGUCGGUGAGAGGUUGCUUGCGCGGAGUAAUACUUAAUUAAGUACACGAGUGUUUGUAUGCGAUAAGAAAUUAAAGAGUAGGAGCAAUAAAGAAUAUAAUUAUUAAAACUUA